AUGGCGAUGGAAAAUGCAGCAGAUUGUCAAAUCACGGGCAGAGAGCCACUUUUAGCCACCAAGAGUAGCAGCAGCAACGGUGGCUUCAGGGCCCUGCCUUUCAUCAUAGUAACUGAUGCAUUGGAGAAAAUGGUGAGCUAUGGACUUCCGGUCAACAUGAUCAUGUACUUGACUACAGAGUACGGGAUGAAGAACAGCGAUGGUGCUCACCUGAUCUUCAUCUGGGUUGCUACCACCAAUUUCACGCCCGUCGUUGCAGCAGUUCUCGCCGAUUCUUAUGUCGGCCGAUACUGGAUGAUCGCUUUCGGCUCCCUCGCCCACGCUCUGGGUACAUUUCUGCUAUGGCUGACAGCAACCAUCCCACAAGCUAGGCCUCAACCAUGUGUUGACACCACCUGCAAACAGGCCACACUGCCACAACUUUCCCUCUUAUGCACCUCCUUAGCCCUCAUCUCCAUCGGUUCUGGAAGCAUGAGAUCAUCCAGCUUGGCAUUCUGUGCUGACCAAAUCAUCCCCAAGAACAAAGAUGGCACCACAAAUGACGAUUCAGGAACCUUGUUGAAGAGUCUAGUCAGCUGGUACUUCAUCUCCUCAACAGUUGCCAUACUAAUAGCAGUAACAGUCAUUGUCUACAUCCAAGAAGCUGCAGGUUGGAGAGUUGGCUUUGGGGUUCCAUUGAUUCUCAUCGUGUCGUCGGGCCUCAUCUUCAUAUCGGGUUCCUCGUUGUAUCUCGAGCAGAAGACCAAACCAAGCCUGCUCGCUGAACUCGCUCAAGUAGUGGUUGCAGCUGCUGGUUCCAGAAAAAGAUGGAACAAGUUGCCUUCUGAAGUUCAUACCUACCAUUCCAAUCCAAAUUCUGCUGCAAUUCCCCUGCAUCCAAGUGACAAAUUGAUGUUCUUGAACAAAGCCUGCAUCAUUGACUCCCCUGAAGAAGAGCUGAACCCUGAUGGAACUGCCACAAAUCCAUGGACCCUCUGCACAGUAGAGCAAGUGGAGGAUCUGAAAUCCGUAAUCCGAGUAAUUCCCAUAUGGUUUGCAGGAGUGAUAAUGUCACUACCAACAACCCAACUCCCAUUCUACUUGCUCCAACUCAACACCAUGGAUCGACACAUCAUCAAUCCAACAGGAUUCCAAAUCCCAGCUGGAUCAUUCUUCCUAACGAUCGUGCUAACACAACUGAUAUGGGUUCCUCUCUACAACAAAAUCAUCACCCCCAUAACCUCCAAGCUCAUAGGCAAACCGUUCCACCUCUCCAUGAAGCAGAGGUUAGGACUGGGAAUCCUGAUUUCCUCUGCAGCAAUUUCAGCACUGGCCAUCGUGGAGAUGAUUCGUCGCGAAAGGGCCAUCGAGGAGGGGCUAACUGAUGAUCCAACAGGUAUAGUGGACAUGUCCGCGAUGUGGUUCGUGGUUUACUACGUCCCAUUUGGGGUUGCAGAGGCUUUCAACUACCUUGCACAGAGUGAGUUCUACUACAGUGAGCUGCCUGAGAGCAUGGCUAGCAUAUCUACGACGUUGUACCAAAUGGGGCUGUCGAUGGCGAGUUUGGUGGCCAGUUUUGUGCUGAGCGGUGUGGAGAUUCUGACGAGAGGAGGGAGAGAGUGGGAGAGCUGGAUUGCUGGGAAUAUCAACAAGGGGCAUUACGAUUACUACUACUGGCUGAUUGCUGGUUUGAUUGUUCUUGAUUUUGUGUAUUAUCUUGGUUGUGCUAAGGCUUAUGGACCUUGUAAAGCUGAGCUCGGGCAGGCGAUCGAGGACGCCGGCCGGAGCACCAAGCAUCAUCAACCCGACAAGAUGUCCGCCGUCAAGGAGCCACUCCUCCUCCCUAGCCACGGCGGCGACGGCGAUAACCUCAAGGGUGGCUUCAGAACUCUGCCGUUCAUCAUAGGAGCGGAGGCGUUCGAGAAGGUGGCGACUCUGGGGCUGAUGCCGAACAUGAUUCUGUACCUGACGACGGAGUACGGCAUGGGAAACGUUCAAGGCGCCAAUUUACUCUUCUUGUGGUCAGCAGCUACCAAUUUCACGCCGGUCCUCGGCGCCUUUCUCGCCGAUUCUUACGUCGGCAGGUUCCGUAUGAUCGCCUUCGGCUCCAUUUUCAGCCUCAUGGGGUUGGUGACAAUAUGGCUAACGGCAAUGAUCCCACAAGCAAGGCCAGGCCCCUGCACGGCCGUCGACGGCGCCGCCCACUCCUCCACCACCUGCGAAAAAACCGCCACCACCCCACAGCUCAUCCUCCUCUACUCAUCCUUCAUCCUCAUGUCCAUCGGCAGCGGCGGCGUCCGGUCCUCCGCCAUGGCCUUCGGAGCCGACCAACUAACUCCCCUGACGAGCAAGAACAACAACAACAACAAGAUCCUGGAGAGCUUCUUCAGCUGGUGGUACAUGCUCGUCUCCGUCUCCGUCAUCCUCGCCCUCACCUGCAUCGUCUGCAUCCAAGAAACCAUGGGCUGGAAAGUAGGCUUCGGCGUCCCCGUCGUCCUCAUGUCCUUCGCCGCCGUCUCCUUCUUCCUCGCCUCGCCGUUCUACGUCACGUCCAGCCCCGCCGACUCCAGCCUCUUCACGGGACUCGCUCAGGUCCUCGUCGCUUCGUUCACAAAACGCAGCGUUUCGUUUCCCGACGAUGACGACGACGUGGACGGAUUUCACCAUCCCGUGGGGACCACCCGACUCCUCCCAUCCGAAAAUGUAAAAUUCCUAAACAGGGCUUGCAGGAUCCAGAACCCCGACCAAGAUCUGACGGCGGAGGGAGCCGCAUCCAACCCGUGGCGCCUCUGCACCGUCGAUCAGGUCGAGGAUUUGAAAUCCCUGCUCCGGAUCGUCCCCAUAUGGUCGACGGGGAUGAUCAUGGCGAUCGACAUAAGUCAGGGUUCGUUCCAGACCAUCAUGGCGUCCAACAUGGACCGCCACGUCACCCCGAGCAUCGAGAUACCCGCGGGAUCGUUCAGCGUGUUCAUGGUCGCGGCUUUGGCCAUGUGGGUGGUGGUGUACGACAAGGUCCUUAUCCCGGUCGGGUCACGGAUCCGGGGCAAACCGGCCCGGCUCACCACCAAGGAGAGGAUGGGGGCGGGGAUCUUCCUCUCGUCGCUCUCCAUGGCCGCGCUGGGAGCUGCAGAAACGUUUCGACGCCAGCGACAGAGCGUUUCGGGGACGCAGUCGUCGGCUAUGUGGAUGAUGCCGUCGCUCGUGCUGUUGGGUCUGGCGGAGGGGUUAAACGGCACCGCGCAGAGCGAGUUUUACUACAAGGAGCUGCCGAGGAGCAUGAGCAGCGUGUCGACGACGCUUUGGGGGGUGGCGAUGUCCGGUGCCAGCCUGGCGUCGAGCUUCAUCAUGAACGCCGUCGACGGGGUGACGGCGGCGGACGGAGGGGAGAGCUGGGUUUCGAGCGACAUUGACAAGGGGCGGUACGAUUACUAUUACUGGCUGCUGGCGGUGCUGAGCCUGGCGAACUUCGUGUACUAUUUGGGCUGCUCCGGGGCCUAUGGGCCGGCGGCCCAAGGGAUGGGGAAGCAGGCCGACGUCGUUGUUGGUUAUGAUGACGUGGACUUCAAGGGUGGAGCUUGA